AUGGAAAUCGACAAUAAUUUCGAGAGGUUAUUAGAUGAGACCGAUGAAGAAGAAGAAGAAGAAGAAUAUCAACCAUUAUCCGAUGAUAGUGAUAAUUUCGAGAGGUUAGUAGAUGAGACCGAUGAAGAAGAAGAAGAAGAAUAUCAACCAUUAGCCGAUGAUAGUGACUACAUCAGUGACUCGGAGGAGGUAAAAGGAGAAAAGCGCGACAACAUGGAACAACGAGAGCAAGAUCUGGUGGAGCGAGCCGACAGGCAAGAAGUGCGUCAGAUGUUUUUUCCCGGUGGAAGUGCGAGGAAUACUUUAGACAGUGACAACGAGAAUGAGGUUGAAUUGUAUUGCGACGAGACGUUAUCAUCAUCAUCCCCAUGCAUGUAUGACUGCAAUUGUGCGAAAACAGAAUACGCUGUAUAUAACAUUGUGGUGAAGGAAGACGCGCGAUGGAAUUUGGCAUGUUAUCAUUUGAGGAGGGAAAUCGGCGCCAAGUGUCUGCGGGAAGAGUUGUGGAUAAAAACAGCGAAUUCCGAAACUAAGCGAGGGACGUUCUUUUUGGAUGAAAAAAAAACGAAAAUGAAUCUGGAGGCAAGCGAGUUGAUCGAGAACGCUGCGACUGUUUUCAACGAGGACGAAUAUCACUCGUGGGAGCGUCGAUGUGAGGAGUGUAUUGAAUCGUUGAGGGAAGAGUGUCAAAGGUGUGGGAACCCAGCUGGAACGGUCAAUUCUCUUAUUGCUUUGAUCGCGCGUCUAGAGGGAGCGAGGACCGAACUGCGAAGUCGUUUAGUUCAUACUGGUGCAGGUUACAAUGGAUUUACAUGGUUGGAGAUUGAGACAGCUUUUCGGAGGCGGGUACUCACAGGUGUGGUAAUCAAUUCCCGCUACAUUGAGCCUAGACGAUUUCUCGAGGACGCUAGAGACAUGGUGAUUGAGAAG